CAAAAUGGUGAGCAAAAUGGCGAGCAUGACAGCAGUUUCGUGUCAUCAAGUGGCUGUAAACAGUAGUUCUCUCAGAUAAAGAUUUACCAUGAAUAACAAAACUGAGCCCGAAGGAAGCAGCGAUGCUGAUAAGUCGAGAAAACCACAAUUUCUGGCCUGGAAAAGGAUAGAAACACUCCACUUUACAGUAGACGCAGUGAGUUUCGCAAAGACUACUGUGAACUUGAAGAACUGGAUUUGAAAGAGACAAAUGAAAGAAAAUCAGAGAAAACUAAACUGAAGCAGCAGUUGGGUAAAAUCAGGGCAAAUGUAAACAAGUUCCAGAGAGAUUUGCAAGAUGUAAAACCAUCUCCAGAGUUUGUUGAAAAACUCAAAGAGAUAAUGGAGGAAAUUGAAAAUUCUAUGAUGACAUUUAAAGAACAGCAGAGAAAAAUCUAUGAUGAGCUGUUGCAUGAAGAGCGAACAAGUCUUCAAGAAGUAGCAGCAAUGGAGAAAAAGUUUGAUUCUUGGUCACAGUUACCUGCUCCUGCAACAGCUGCUGUUGAUGUGAAGAAAGCAGCUGGGGCUGUUACAGUUUCAUUGCCACCUGCAGUUGCGGCAUUUGAGAGAUUCUUGGCACAAACUGGUGGACACAGUGGAGGCUGGGAUGACUAUGAUCAUCAGCUCUUCUUAAAGCUUAAGAGCAAACAUAAGAACCAUGAAGUGUUCAUGAGAGCUGCUGGAUCUGGGAUUCCUGGAAGAAGUGUCGAUGAUGUGCGACAGCAUGAUGAAUGGUACAGUGAAUACUUGAUACUCAAAGAAAGUAAAAAGAAAGCCAUCCAAGAAUGGAAAUACAACAAAGAGGCAAAGAAAGAUGACUUGUUAAAAGAUGAAGAAGAUGAAUUGGAGGAGGAAGAGAGAAUAAAGAGAAGAAAAGAAGAACAAAUAGAAAAAGAGAGGGAGGAAAGGAUCAAGCAUCUAAAUGAAUGGAAGGUGCAGAAAGAAUUAGAAAAAGCAAAGAGUGAGGAAGCACGGCUCAGAUUAGAAAUGAGCAAGGCGAGAGAGAAGGAGAGAGAGGAGAAGAAAAGGCUGGAGAUUAAAGCACAGGUGGAAGAGUAUGCAAGACAGAGAGCAGAGGAACAAGCUAUUUUAAAAGCAGCACGACACGCGAGAGUUCACCAAGAAAAAGAGGCAAAUAAGAUAACUGCGGAAGAGGCAGCGAAAAUACAAGAAAGGAGCCAAAAGAUGUUAGAUGAACGACAAGCCAAGAUGAAAGUGAAGGAAGUUCAGAAACAAGAAAAAGAAAAAAGACUCCAGAAACUAAAAAGUCAGGUCGAACUAAAUGUAUCACGUGACCCAUCUCGACUGUACAAACUCACUGCUGGAUGGGAACAGAGAAAAAAAGAAGGGCCUGGGACGGCUGGACAUGGGCCUAGUCUUCAUAUGCCACACAGGGCAGUCCCGUCAUGGCGGCAGGGAUUAUCAUGACAGCUACUCUACAGAACACUCGUCGAUUUUCUGAAGCCCAUGGACUGUUACGUACUUCCGCAAUUUUGAUCCUUGUUCAACAUGUAUUACACCUACUAGCCUGUCCUCUUUAAACCGCAAAUUUGCAAUAGCUUUAUUAUCUGUGGAGUGUGAUCCAUUCUCACGUCGGGUAAGCUUAAAUUUGGUAAAGCGUGGUUAAGAGAAAGCCAGCAGAACCACCAUGGUCUAUUACCGAGGCGCGCAGGCGCGGAGGUAAGCGUGAGACAAGAGAUACACGCGAGAGGAGAUAGCUUAUUUUGUUCGCGCUCCUCUUGUCACGUGUCUCGCACCUCACGCUUCCACGCGCUUCCACGCGCUCGCCUGAUGUUGAUAGCUUCUACAGUCUAUCAACAUGUAGACAUUAAUCGUCUCAAAAUCAUGUCAAUUGCUUUAAAAAGGGCUCUGUUACUUCACUUGCACCUCGCAAGAAGCUACAUAAAGAUAAAGAUCUUCUGAAGACCCUGAAUCUUCUAAGGCAGGGAGGACACAGAGAUAGAGUACAGUUUUAAACGAAAUUGUGAAUAAAAUAUUUAUUUAAAUGUUAAGGGGGUAUUCUAUGCUCUAGAGAAAUAUUCAUUUCUCCAUCUAAUUUCCUUUCAACAACGGCCAAUUCAUCUUAUCACCGACUGAAUAGCGGUGCAUCCGGCGUAAUUAUUAAUCCCAUUGAUCAACCAUCACAGUUAAAAAUGGUAACGCUCGUACUAGCGAGAACGUGGAUGUUUCUCUCCUACUCGAAAUAUUAAAAAAGAAAAACGGAGUAGAAAUAUCCCUUACCACAAUCAACUAUGGGUGAUGACUGGAGGUGCAGUGAAGAUUGUCAUGAAGACAAAAAAUGUUCGCUAUAAAAAAAAAAUUGUCCAAGACGUGGAAACACCCAUCACAGAUUGGCUGAGUGCUUCUCUUGUUUUCUUCGCAUCGAUGUAUUGGAUGAUCUUUUUACUACUUGUGUAAAAGCUGUUUUGAAAAUGCUGUUUUCAAUGUUAAAUUCACUAUUUGAAAAUAUUUCCCAAAUUCGGUCGUUAUUUGAAAAACCAGUUUCAAAACCUUUGAUUAAGCACCAAAACC